AAAUUGCACUUCAACCUUACUCAUGAGACAUUUAAAACAAUUACACAUUCAAUUCUCCUGAUUCCCAGUUAAGACCAUAACUGGAAGUUUUCUUUAUCAGCGACCAAAACAAGCGUGCGCAAAAAAAAUCAUGGAUUAAAAUUCUUCCUAAAUCAGACUAUAAGAAUUAGGACAAAGUUUCGAUAAGAUAGAACUGAAAGUCGUUGACUCAUAGCAAUUAUUAAACUUGUUUACAAUCUCUAUUUUAGGCGAUAAGGAAUCAAAAUAAUAAAUAUUAGUCAUGUGGUCAAUUAAAAUAAACAAAUAUAGAAUUGUAAAGUUUGCACUUUUAAUUUCCUAUUCUGUGACCUGAUUAUGUCAUUGUCAAGGCUCUUUGGGGCCGUUCACUUAUUACGUAACGCAAAAAAACUCCUUUUACACCCCCCCCCCCCCCCUCGUAACAAAAUUUGUAUGAAAAAAAAUUUCUUUUGUUUGAACCGUAACAAAAUCUUAGACCCCCCUCCCCCUAAAAGCGUUACGUAAUAAGUGAACGGCCCCUUUCUGUAAUUUACUGUUUUGAAGUAUUUUUUGAAUUUUUAAAAUUUAACGGAUAUUUUGAAUUUGAAUUUUUGAAAUGAGCUGAAAUUAAAUUGAAUUUACUGAACGAAUGAGUUCAAUUUAUUUCAGUUUAUUUUAAGACCCUUUGAAAAAUAAAAUUACUCACAAUAUUAAACUUGCUCUAUAUACAUUAAGCGUACUAGUAAAACUGAAAGUCCAAUAAGAAUCUCAAAUAUUGUAAAAAUCCCGCGUAAAACAAAUCAAUCUUUUAACGGUUGAAAUAAAUUCAAAAAACAGUGCAACUUUAAUUCAGGGGUUUUCGAUUUGAAAACAUAUGAUUUACAAAGGAUUUUCUGGAACACCCACAACUAUUUAAGUCAAGGACCCUUGUAUUAUUAUUGAAAAUUAUAAUUAUUUAUUGAUUUAAAGAAUGUCGAAGACACAAAUAAGUUUAGAGAACUUUUUCAUAUUUAACUCAUCAUUUGGACCAAAUGAAGGCGAGGAAGAGAAGAAAAUUUUAUUAUUUCAUCCAGAAAUCGAGAAGAAUGAAAAAUUAAAGAACAUUGGAUAUAUAGAGGCUUUAGUCAAAUUCACUGGAUCAUUUACACUGGAACCGACAUCAAAUCGAGAUGUAAUGACAAUGAAAACCAAAAAAUUUACAAAGUUUUUCUUUGAGCCGGAACCGAACUUUUGGAUUGUAAUGACUAUAAAGAAUCCAAAAGAACAAAAGACUAAAGAUAACAGAGAAUAUACAGAGUAUUUUACAGAUGAUGUACAUAAUGAUGUAUUUUCAAAGAUACUACAACGAUGCUAUCUUAAUUUUCGUUUAUUCUGCAAUACAUUCGAGCAUAACAUGAUAGGAACAGAUGAGGAAUCACAAGUUGAUCAUUUAAGGAUGAAACUUGAUAACUUCUUCAUGAAAUAUCUAGUAACAUUAAACCUUAAGAAUUGUGACAUCUUUGACUUGAUACAGAGCAUCCAAUAUAAAGCAGUUAGUCAUCUGACAUUCUUUAAAAUAGUCAAUCUUAUCAACAUGCUUAUAUCCAUUAAAAACCUCAAGAUUAAAAAAUGUAUAUUCCUCUACAAUCAAGAAGUUGUAUAUAGUUCAAUUAGCCCCGACGAUUUAUUUAUUAUCAAUGAAUAUAUGAUGGAAUCGCUCUUUCCUAAAUACUUCCGACUAAAGAGCAAUCAAGGACUGGAUAGUGACAGGAGUGUUGGUGGAUUUGUGACUGAAAAUGAGACAGAAACUCCACAAAAUGCUCCUAAAGUAUACCUUUAUGGUGAUGGAAAGGGAAGAUUUGAGUGUGAGACGUUCCGUAUGGUUUUAUAUAAUAUUAUGGAUGUAUCUUUGGUGAUGCUGGUUGAAGAUGACGACGAUGCUAUAAAUGACGAGUUCUACAAUGAAAUUAAAUACUCGAUUGGUCCACAACUUGGGCUGAUUUCGAAGGAGAUUUCAGAUAAUAUAAUACAAAUCCAGCAAAAUGUAACAAAGAGUCAGACUGAAGAAAGUGCUAAGAACUUUAUAUACUGUAAUCAUCGGAAUUAUCGCUUUCAUGCCUGCUUUAAUGAGAACAACACUGAAAUUACUUUAAGUAACCGUGAAGGAAAGAAAAGUUCACAAUUGUCAUUAUCGAUAAUGAAUUUGCUGAGUGAUUUAUAUAGUAAGGACAUGACUGAUGAGCUGAUAGAUAGCGAACGAGAGACAAUCAUUAAGACAUUUAAUGACUAUUGGAUUGUUAAAAAAUACUUUAAUUAUCGUUCAUUGUAUUUAAUUAUUCAUAAGAACUCAACGCUCAUUGAUGUAGCAGAAGAGUCAUCGAAGCUGCUAUCAGAAAUUGUUAAAAAUGUCUAUUUUACGAAUUAAUCGUGGAUUUAAACAAUAAAAAGUUUAUUUAAAAUUGC